AUUCACUAAGGUCAAGGCGACAUGGAAGUCAACAAUACGUUACUCACCGACUCACUGACAGUCGUGCUGUGAAGUGCGCCCGCGCAGUUCUGUGGUGACGUGCGAAGUGGUUCAGGAUGUCUCCAGCAGCGUCGUUCGCAGAACGAUGGGCUCGCGACAACCUGACAAGAGAAGCAUCACCUGAAGAGAUCCUGAACUUGGAACUUUUUCCUAUCACCUGUGAUGGAGAUGAGGCAGAAGCUGCUAAAAGAGCCAGGAGAUACUACACAUCUAGAGGACCCGGGGGACUAUCAGAUCUCUGGCAUAAGCGACACCCAGACGAUGAGGAUAUCCUGUCUAGUUGUCAAGAUGUAUACAUAGUACCAUUGCGCACACGCAGCGUCGGUGGUAAGCGAGUGACCAUCGUUUGCUUGCCCGCGCCCACGGCCUUGGACCGGCCUUUGUCUGCAAGAGCUUUGUUGGCGAGGUGGCUUAUGAUAUUAGACAUAAGAUUACGUGAAGAUCCAACUCCUGGAGAAGAAAUAGUGUUCAUAGAUGUUUCUGAUUUGCAACCAUCGCAUCUUAAAAAUCAUUUCCGAGGUUCAUAUUGGAAAGACUUUAUGCGGUGUAUGAAGAGGGCUUACCCUACCCGGUUUACCGAAGUACACGUAAUUAACACGCAUCGUUUGAAGGCCAUGUCGCUACUGCUCCUGCAUAUCGGGUUGUACCCAUGGCGACGCAAGAUUGUCCACGUUCAUUCGCACGCGGAACACAUCAACGAAGCAAUGGGCGUGGACUUCUUCGCUGUUGAAGGUCUACCGUACGAAUAUGGUGGUAAGACUGGAGCUAUGAAGGACUUGAAUGAUGAAUGGACUAAAAAGCUGCUAUUAAACUCUAAGUGGCUGCAAUUAGAAGAACGUAAAUACUAUGAAACCGAACUAAAACCGGAAAUCAAAUACCGUACACGACACAAGAGCGUCCGGAAUCUACACAGGAAUGCGUCAUACGACAUGCUUACACGCACACAUUCAUACAGGUCACUACAUAGACAAGGUGAUUUGGAUGAAGAAAUACACGGUGAUUAUAGGACUUUGAAAGUGGCAGACAAACAGUUCUAUGUGUGAUAUGUUAGUUUUUACUUCUUUGACAAACUUGGGAUCUCUAUUGUACGUGACUUUUCAUUCUGUUCUCCAUAGAUAGAUGAAUAUG